AUGCUUCUGUUGUUUUGUAUGAUAAUUGCAACACUUGCAGAAGACGAACCUUGUUAUUAUCUUAUAACUACAACUGCUGCAAAUAUAUAUGGAGACAAUCGUAUCACAUACACUGGUGUAUGUAGUACUGUAGAAACUACACAUCAAUACUACAAAAAGGUUGAUGGAAAAUAUACCAUAGGAAAGGACGAAGCCAAUUUGUAUCCUGGAGUGGGUGUAGGUGGUGAUGGAGCUUACCAUGCAACGAUGUACAUCUAUCCGAUGGAUGAUCCCAUAGAACUGUACAUUUAUGAUAACAGUAAUGAUCCAGACUUGUUUGGAAAGGAAUUGGGGUAUUACUAUUUCCUUCUUCAACCUGAUGGAGAGAAGUUUGAGAACUUAGACAAGAAUGUGAGCUUUCACGUCCAAGCCUUCCAAGGCAAACAGACUGGUCUUAAAAUCUAUUCUGGCGUCGAUGGGUAUAAAGUUCCUAUUAAUAUUAUAUAUGAACCAUUCUUAUCUAAUGGUUUAAUUACUAACAAAGGAAUCUUCUUUGCAAGUAAUGAAUACAAAGCUGAUGAUCCAAAUCGAAAUGUAGCACAACACAAUAAAUUCAAUUUAAUUUACAACGCUCCGCCAACCGGUGAGACAUUUUCCUUCUCUAAAUACACAAGUUCAAUAUUCUGUUAUGAUUCAGAUGAAGGCGACUGCGCUAUCGAGUCGAUCGAAUUCCCGGAACCUCUCGACUUUUCAACAGCAACUAAAACUAACUUACAAAACAACAAAUACCAAAGCAAACCAGUCUUUAAAGAGUAUUAUAAGACUCAAGGAAAGUAUUACACUUUAUUUAUUCAAGGAACAGAAGUCUAUAUCAAAAAUUAUGAUAAACAAGACAGUGAAACAAGUAAAAAUAUUGAUGGCUGUCUCAUGAAUACUCUCUUGGCUCUACUCUUAGCUGUCUUCUUUAUGUUUUAA